AUGCCCAAAAUCAUCUCCUCUUCCAUUGUUUCCUCUUCCGAUCACGCUGUUCAACCUGAAGAUCAACGUCAUACACUCAAUGUUUACUAUUGCUUAUGCUCCGAAUUCUUGCUUGUGAUUGACGCCAACAUUCUCCAAUUACCACGACGACGAACCGAUAAUGCCAUUAUUGUCUCCAACAAACAACGAACUUACAAACUAAUGGCAGAAUAUGAUGAUUGUUACGUUUUAAAAAGACAAAACGGAUUUGAAAAGCAGUAUCGCUAUCACUGUCCCCGUUGUCAUUUGUUGAUCGCCUAUGAAACCACAGAAGAACGUAAACGUGGUCCUUAUACUUACAUUCUUGACGGCGCUUUAGCAGACGUUCAAGGAAGACCACCUGUGAAUGCUGUUCAGGAUUUACCGCCAUCAACAUCCAUCCAGUCAUCAGCAAGUUAA